AUGGGCACUCUUCCAAGAACCGUCGUCUCCUCUAGGUCCUCCUCGUCGUUGUCGUCUCACUCACACGUCCUUAUCCGGUACGCCCCCAUCCUCGUCUUCAUCUCCGUCUUCGCCUUCCUCUUCCUCUUCAAUAUUGAUACUUUCGUGUCCCGGACCAAAUCAAUCUCCCGCCAAUCUCUCAAUGAAGAACCUCGCCACCUCAUCGUGAAGACCGAUGCCGGUGAGAAGAAGACAAUACACACAUUCAAGUCUAGCCCCUCCGUGAAGGCCCAGCCCGUUGGACUCCAACGGGAAUUCGAGAUCACGUGGGGCGAUGGCCGUGGAAAAUUCCACGACGAGGGAACCCUCCUCACCCUCUCCCUUGACAAACAAUCCGGAUCGGGUUUUCGGUCCAAGAAUGAGUACCUCUUUGCAAAGAUUGAGAUGCAAAUAAAGCUGAUUCCAGGCAACUCUGCCGGCACCGUCACCACAUACUAUCUUUCCUCGGAAGGAGCGACUCACGAUGAGAUUGACUUCGAGUUUCUGGGUAAUUCCAGCGGCAAUCCGUACACCCUCCACACCAACGUGUUCUGCCAGGGUAAAGGAAAUAGGGAGCAACAAUUCUUCUUGUGGUUUGACCCCACGGCGGACUUCCACUCGUACACGAUCCUCUGGAACCCCCAUAGGAUCGUGUUCUACGUAGACGACACACCAAUAAGAGAAUUCAAAAAUUUUGAAUCCAACGGUAUACCAUUUCCAAAGAAUCAGCCAAUGAAGGUGUACUCAAGUCUCUGGAACGCCGAUGAUUGGGCGACGCAGGGAGGGCGUGUGAAGACAGACUGGAAUUACGCCCCGUUCACUGCCGAGUACAAAGGGUACAAGACGGAGGCCUGUGUUUGGUCCGGAGGAGCGUCUUCUUGCAGUUCAGGCUCGAACAAUGGGCCGUGGCUCGGGAAGAGCUGA